AUUCCCCUAAUAUCUGGUGCAUCGAUUUGAAAUUGGCGCCAACAAAAUUUAUCGUUUCUUUGCCAAUCGUUUUGUGACGGCAGCCCUGGUUUGCCGCUCAUCUGUGCUGCAGUGCAGCCCUGAUUUUUACACAACAUAAACAUUCGGUCGGAGGAGCACUUUCCGGGACAAUAAGAGCUCCGCCGGAGCUUAGCGACAGGACCGGGACACGGGAGAUGCUCUGAUAACGGGCGGAUGUGGAGCAGCCAUCGCCGGAAUCGCCGCCAUGAAGAUCCUUUCCCGUCUGGGCCGCCUGAUGCGGUACACCGUGGCCUAUGCGGCCAUCACACACUGCACCUUUGAGUACAUCGGCGACUUUGUCCUGUGCAAAGGACCCUCCAUGGAGCCCACUCUCUACUCGGACAACGUACUGCUCACCGAGCGCCUGUCGAAACACUGGCGAACCUACCAGCCGGGCGACAUUGUGAUCGCUGUUUCGCCCAUCAACGCCGGCCAGUUCAUAUGCAAACGGAUCGUGGCCGUGUCCGGUGACCAGGUGCUCACCCAGAAGCCGAUCCCCAUCGAGGCGGAGUACAGCGGGCGUCAGGAUAGCAAGAAGAAGCCUGUGAUGGCCAAGGACUAUGUGCCGCGAGGUUACGUUUGGAUCGAGGGCGACAACAAGGGCAACAGCUCGGACUCGCGUUACUACGGACCCAUUCCGGUGGGUCUAAUCCGGAGUCGCGUGCUGUGCCGUAUCUGGCCGUUCUCCGAGGUCACCGGGCUUUAGAUUGGCUUCCUAAAGAAGUUUUAAACCAAUUGGACCCAUUUAAAUUGCCUUGUUUUUAUAGGAAAUUCUGGUUUGUUGAUCCACUAUUUUAUAGGUCCAUUUCGAAUCGAGUUAUCGUCUCAUUUGUGCGGUAUUUGGCUAGUUGAUACGCGAUACCUAUGGAUGUUAUUUAAAAUAAACCAGUAAAACGUUUAAAAAA